CUCUGCAAGGGGGCGGGGCUACACAGCAAUGGGUUUGCCCACUUUCAUUAGAGUCAACCAACUUUGUGAGGCGUAUCCUCUGACAGCUGGAAGUAGUGAUAUUACCUGCUGUGUCUGAGUAUCACCCAUCAGGAGGCAGCCAUGGCCAGGGAAUACGCAGAGAACACCAGGGAACAUACUACAAUUAAAAGUGAACAAAAACCCGGAUUCCUGGAUCGCCUGAGUGACACGGCCGGAGGAAUGCUGGUCGGCCUCCUCACCUUUUCUCUGUCAUUCUAUCUACUGUUUACUAAUGAGGGGCGUGCAGUGCGGGUGGCGGCAUCUCUGGACGAGGGUCUGUCAGUCGUGCUCCCCAUAGGUAACAUCCACCGGGUGGACCCUCAGAAUGAGGCCAAACUGGUGCACGUUUCGGGAUUCCUGCAGACAUCUAAGCCGCUCUAUGACCCAAACUAUGGGGUCACCAUGCACUGUGUAAAGCUGAAGCGCCAGGUGGAGAUGUACCAAUGGGUGGAGUACGAGGAAUCCAAAGAGUAUGAAGAAAAUGGAGAAAAGAAAACAGAAACUAGAUACACCUACAACACGGAAUGGAAAUCAGAGGUCGUAAGCAGCAGACACUUUGACAGAGAGAUCGCACAUCGCAACCCCAGUGCUAUGGCGGUGGAGUCGUUCACAGCUGUUGCUGCAGACGUCCAGGUUGGAAGUUACUAUUUGUCUACAGGUCUCAUUGAUAAGAUUGAGAACUUCAAGCAGCUGAGCCUGGCACAGAUGGGGAACCCCCACACUGAUGUCACCGCGGAAGGGAAUUACUUCUAUCAAAGUGCCAACCCCAAGAAUCCGGAGGUGGGGGAUCUGCGCAUUUCCUUCUGGUACGCCGGCGUCUCCAUUGGUGGUUCGUCCUCCGGAUCCGUGGACACGGUGAGCAUCCUAGCUCGGCAGAGAGGAGGGGAACUGGUGUCCUACAAAACCAAGACCGGGGACCAGCUGGAGCUUCUGUACCUCGGGAGGCACACAGCGGAGGAAAUGUUCCUGGCAGAACAUCAGAGCAAUAUGAUGAAGACCUGGGCCCUGCGUGCCGCCGGCUGGCUGAUGAUGUUCGUCGGCAUAAGCCUUAUGGCGAAGAUCUUCCACACACUGGUGGAUUGGUUUCCUAUCGUCCGGGAUUUAGUCAACCUCGGUAUCAAGCUGUUUGCCCUGUGUGUAUCCGCUUCUCUCUCCCUGCUGACCAUCGCUGCCGGCUGGUUAAUCUACCGCCCGUUAUUGUCACUGGCACUGUCUGCUGGCGCUAUUGGCAUCAUCUUCCUUGCCCGGUCCCGCGUCCCUUCCAAGAAGUACCAAUAGGAGGGAUUCUCCGUGGCGUGGCCUUAGCGCGUGGGACUGGAAGCUGACAUCGCUUUUUGCUGGUAAUGAGAUUUCUACAACCGGAUGAUGAAUCUGGGAUACUUGAUGCAAUAAUGUAUUCUUUCUUUAUCAAUGCAACUUUUUAUAUAUGUAUCUAACCUUUUAUAUACCAAGGAUAAUAAUUGAACCUGUGUUAUCAGUUAAAGGAGCUCUAAACGGAAAAUAUAAAGUGGUUUAUGUAAGAGAGAAGUUUCAGGAGCUUAUCAGGACCGGAGAUACGAGUUAGAGUUGUGCGUGCGAUUUAAACCCUUUAUUUGCCCUAUGCCCUCCUGGCUGUAAUGAUGUUCAGCGUGUUGAUUCAUUAAAGCUUGUGAAACAGACAAGUGAUGGUGUUGCUCAUAGCAGCCAAUCAGAUUCUGUUUAUCAUUCUCUAGGAUGCAGUAGAGAAGUGACAGCUAGAAUUUGAUGGGUUGCUUUGAGUAACGCCAACACUUUUCAUUUUUAGAAUCUUAGUAAAUGUUUCCCCAGGCCUGUUCCAUCAGGCUGUCCUGUUCGGCCUCAUAAAGACUGAUCCAAUUCAGGCUCCAGACUGUG